AUGGACGGGGCCAAGAGGCGUCGCGACGGCGCACUGCCGAACAACUCAAGCAAGCGUCGUCGUGUAACUCGCUCCUCCGCUGACGACGCGCUUGUGAGCCGUGCAGGAUGGAAUGUAAGAUUUAACGACGUCUGGACAGCUCUCUUGAAGCAAGGUUGGACGUCCAAGCGGCCUCGGGGUCGAAGCCUGGACCCGCGUUACCAGUAUAUUCGACCUGGUGGCAACCAAAAUGGAGAGGAGGGGAAGGACUUUUUCCUUGGAGAAGCCGCCGUUCUGGACCAUGUCAUGGGUGGCGCUGGGGUGGACGUUGACGAUGGUGUAAAUAGUGUACCCGUCGAAGGAACUGCUAUGGGUGCUGACGAAAAUUUGAGUGGCGGUCGUGCUGGCCCGACUGGAGAUGGUAUCGUGGACAGCGGUGUCGUGAAUGGCGAAGGUGGCGUCGGUGAUACCGCGCAUGGUGACCGUGCAGGGACUGUUCGUGGUCGUCCAGACACUGUACUUGUCGGCCGUAUCGAAGCCGUUUGUGGUGGUGAAGAUGUGAGUGGCUCAAGCGCUAUAGCGGCUAGUGUUGGAGGCCACAAUAAAGCUGGUGAAGGUGGAAAUGAGAGUUGUAGUGGCGCGGGACCAGCAGGCCGAUUCGGUGAUGGUCGUGGUCGGCGCUGUGGUCGAGAUGCUGCCCAAAGUCGAUAUGAGCCGUACGGUGGUAGCUGUGUCCAUAUGUUGCACGAGGGCAUGCUGGGAGCAGGAGAAGUUGCAUGCGCGGCUAACGCUGGCGCCAGACUUGGUGAAAGACCUGAUGUAGAUACUAGUGUCCUUGCUCGUGGUGGAGAUGCAAAUUUUGAGUUGGUCUCUCGGGAAGGCUUUGGUUCUCGUGAAGGUCGUGGUUCUCGUGGAGGUCGUGGUUCUCGUGGAGGCCGUGGUUCUAGUGGAGGCCGUGGCUCUCGUGGCGGUCGUGGCGGUCGUGGUUCUAGUGGCGAGUGUGGUUCUCGUGGCGAGCGUGGUUCUCGUGGCUGGCGUGAUUCACGAGGAGGUCGUGGUUCUCGGGGAGGCCGGACUGGGCGUGGCGGUAAUACAAUCACACAUCCUUCUAGUGUCUCAGGUGCUUCCACAGAACCAGCUGGUGCGACAGAUCGAAGUAUCAGUGAUCUCGUAACACCAGGUGAAGGUGGUGCGGCCAGUGUCGGUUUGGUGAACGCAUCGGCGGUGCUGGAGUCCCCUGCGGCGCCACCCUCGGCCGUUAGAUUGAACACACCAGCUACUGGGGCAGCAGCGGCUUCCCAAACGACUCCUCGUACAACCCCGGUUUUGCUUCAUGAACUGUACGUGGAUAAGUUGGUCGCUUUUACACCUGACAAAGAGACGUGGAUGAAGGCCAAAUCAUACAAGCUCAUUGGGACGUCAUACAUCAUUGGCCGAGUGUAUCGACACGUGAAAAAGGGGAGGAGUGCUAGACUUUUCCAGAUACAUUGGUUGGACAGCCAAUUUCAAAACACAGUCGAAACUGUCGGAGUCGGAAUUGUUCAACGUGGAGUGAAAAACUACGUUGCCCUAACACGUGUGCGGAAUCCAAAUUGGCGUGUGCUGGUAGAACCGGACCCUACGGAUGUGAUCGACAUCGGUGCAGAUAAUUCUGACCUUGAAGAAGAAGAGAUUGGAGCUUUUGAUCCUGGUAGCGUUCUCCCAUCCAGUCUGGCAGAGGUGGAAGCUAUCCGGAACAUGCGAUUCGUGCCCAGAGAGGACGUGCAGGCACCUUCGUACUUGUACGUGCAUGCUGACGGUACAACCAAGACCUACGCCCGCCCUGAGUUUAAGCACAUGUUUGAACACUCGGCAAGCUCAAGCUUCUUUGCCUACAUACCCAUCUAUUUCUGGCGCCAAGUGGUACACGAGACCAAUAGAUAUGCCACCGUGAACGACAUUCGUAUCAUCAAUCCUUUUACGUUGGACGAGAUGAUGGUUUUUCUGGGGAUUCUAUUUUACAUGACCACGAACGAUAAGGGAGAGUACGCAAACUACUGGGGGCCACAAACGGAAGACCUGAUUUUUGGUGGUUCCACAACGUCGUUGGACUCGGUGAUUUCCCUCUAUCGGCUCAAGUUGCUACGUCGUUGCCUCAGUUUCAAUGCAGCACCAACGACGCUAGCAAAUGAUGCUGCCGCACGAAUUAGGCAGUUGCUGAACCUGCUCACAGGAGGCCAAUACGUUCAUGUUGGUCGCGACGUCGCUUUAGACGAAGCCAGUGUUGCCUGUCGCUCGCGGCAAGGUCGGCACAUGAUCGUGUACAACCCCACAAAGCCCACUGGUAAAUAUCACUUUCGGCUGUACAUGGUAUGCUGCUCUUCAACAUGGAUAGCAUUGAACUAUAAGCUUCACUGCAACGGCAGCGACAUUCGAGAUCGCCUUAGUGGGGUAGUUGGGCAGGAAGAGGCUCAAGAAUUGAGAGAAGAAUUUGAAAACGUCUCGAAGAUUAGGCAGCACGUUUUGGAGGUGACGCGCCCACUAUUUGGUACCAAUCGAGUCGUGAACAUGGACAACUACUAUACUUCUGUGCAGCUUUUGCAGGAGCUGCGAUUGAAAGGUCUCUAUGGAAGGGGAACUAUUCGUGCCAAUAGCAAGCACUUUCCAGCACAUACUAUUCUCCAUAAAGAUGAUUGUGUCCGUGGUGACUAUCGUCAAGCUGUGGCACGAGACCAUAGCAUGCUUGCAGUAUCCUGGUGUGAUGGCAAUUUGGUGAAUAUGGUUUCGAAUGCUGAUUCGACAGAAGUUACUACUGUAUCUCGCCUAAUCGGAA